CGUAUCGCUAGCGAAAUUAGCUACCAACACUGUGCCUAAGUCAAAUAGUCUUUGGGGGCACGAGCUCAAUCUGCUCGCCCCUUGGCUUUUCUCAAAAUGGGAUCCUCUGUGGCGUCACUUCCGCCCGGCGAUCACGACCACAUAGACAUUCCUAUUAUCGAUGACAAUGAACCCCUCAUCGAAGUCGUUCGCAAGUUGCAAAACUACUUAGUACUAGCGAUUUCCGAAGUCUCCUAUUCUUUCGAGGAGUUAAGAUUCUCACCCUGCGGACAGAAACUUAGGUUACUGCUGUAUUCCUUAGCAGAGAACUCUCACAACCCAUGUAUCAUCUCUGCACUCAUGAUUCUGAAGUGGGAAUUCAACAAUGCAGCCGAGAAUGACUGGGGCUUGAACGAGGGUCGCGGCUAUGCAUGUGAGUACGUUGCCUGGCAGUUUCUCUGUCACGUCAAUCAGCGCGAGACUAUCGAAUAUUUGCUGGAGGAGCUCCCCAACCCUGUGAACAAUUCCAUCAAUCUUACCCAAGCGGAGAGGGGUACAUCGGGGUUUGCAUCCACAGGCGAUGAGCAAAACGUCAACCGAGAUGGUGAAAGGACACCUCUCCUACUAAGCUCGUCCUCCUCGCUGUACCGCUUUUUUGGUGGAAAGAGGCGCGCAGGAAGUACCUCUGAUAUAGCAAAUUCUGGAAGCAACGUCUCAUCGGCAGACGCUUAUGAGCUCGUGAAGUACUCCAUGUUCUUCGGACUGAGCGCACUGGAAAUCGCAGCUAUCGCGGAAGCAAAGAAAUUUCUCAGUCAGAAAGUUGUUCAGAAAGUGAUUGACAAUAUUUGGAACGGGGAGAUUGUUUUCUGGGACUCGCUCAGUGUUCACUCCACGAAGAAACCGCAGUUCUUCAACAAAAGGACAGCAGAUCCGUACUCUCGGUUGAGGGUUCCGGUGUAUCGCAAAGCAUUUGAGGCUGCAUUUUUUGUGUCCUUCUUGUUUCUUUACUAUGCUGUUCUGGUAGAAAGGAAGCCCACUGGGAUAGGCAUCUUCGAAACAUUGAUGUACAUCUGGAUCGCUGCUUUUGCCUAUGACGAGUUCAGUGGCAUGACUGAUGCGGGAAUGGUCUUCUACCAGAUGGACUUCUGGAGUGUUUGGAACAUGGCCAUUAUCGGCACUGGUCUUGCCUUCGUUAUCAUAAGUGAGUUAUGCUUGGACACAAGGAAUAUGUCUCGUUGCAGAUUUCGUCACUUUCAGCUGGGCGCACUGAACAGGAUCUGCUCCCUGGUGAGCUUGAAUUCCUAUUUUGGAAGUCUGACCAAAGCCUUUUUCCGAUUUAUCCCUGUGAUAGUAGUGUUGUAUCUGGGGUUCUUGACCACGUUCACCAUGCUCGCCCGUGACCGCCUCUCUCUCAGGCAAAUGUCGUGGAUUUUGGUGAAAGUGUUCUUUGGGUUGAUUUUUGUCUCCAUGACCAAUCUAUUAUUGCUCUCGUCGCUGGUCAGCCUUAUGAGCAUGAGUCUAGAAGGGGUCAUGGCCCAUGCUAAAGAAGAGUACCUCUUUCAACUGUCGAUUUACGUCUUAGAAAGCAGCAAUUCGCGAAGAUUGACCUAUUUCAUGCCUCCUUUGAAUCUCAUCCCUCUUCUCUGUAUUCGGCCCUUGAGGCUCUUUUUGUCUGCAGAGCAUAUUCGCCGAGUCCGUAUCAUGUUGCUCCGAGCAACCCACCUCCCCUUUGUUGCAUUGAUCUGGGCUUAUGAAUCUAGCCGCCGCUAUGUCUCGCGGCGAAGUAGCCAAUUUCCACCAACAGCCACGACGGGAGGGGGCAGUCGCCCUACCUCGUCUUUUCAAGCUGGCUUUCCUCUCUCCACGCACCAUGCCCCGCUACAGACCUCCGCAUUUGAGGGACGGCCCUUCAGGCCCAAAAAGUCUAAGGAACGAUUAUUUCCUGGACAGGCUAGGCCUAUUGACCUUCCGGACAUGGCCGAUGAAGUAGAGAGGUUAAGAGCUCAAGUGGAACGAGUAGCCACAACUGUGGCCUUCCUCCGCCGAGCUCAUUGACGAAUGCUCGUCAGUAGCUGGCAACAGGAGGGUUUACGGCCAGAAUCGAAGAUAAUCGUGCUGUAGCCUGUUAGGCGCACGCACCCGCUGCAGGGCCGGCUUUAUAGCCUAAGCUUUAGCGCGAGCACCGGCCAGCGACCGACUGUGAAGUGGAUUGCGUUCAUAGGAUUCGAGGCCUUGGGUCACAGGCAG